CCCUCAACGUCGAAGCUGUGCCAGUCCAUUCUGAAGAGCUCGCUGGCUUUAGCACCGCGACGAUUUCGUGUAUAAAUUUACUUCAAACCUUUUUUUUUUUAAUUAAAAAUUCCCGUCAUGGCAGACUCUGAAAGUGUCACGACAUCGUCACAGGACCCUCAAGAUGACCCUCUUGGCGAGCACACUGACGAUGAGUUACAGCAAUUGCUUGAGGACUUACACGCGGGCAACAAGGUCUUUCAGAAUGAAACCAUCAUGUUUGAGAAGUACCUCAAGCGUGUGGAGCCCAACCUGACGGCGGCUGCUACCACCACGGCCGUGGCCCCCACCCCGAGCCAGUCCACCCACGACGCUCGCGUCAUGCGCAAACGCUCCAAGUCCAAGGGAAGCGGCGUGGACAAGCACCUGAAGCUCAACGCUGAGCAGAAGUGCGACAUUGCGCAGCGGGAAAUUGAGGAACUACGGGAGGAGAUUGACAAGCUGAAGGAGGAUGCAGAGAAAAUACUGGACACCUAUAAGGCCGUGAUGGAAGAAGCCGAUGUGCGUCUAUCAGAGCUGAAGAAGUCCUCGUACGAAUACGAACGUGACAUCCUAAAGGGCUCUGUCAACAACCGCACGGGCAAGGUGGUGGCCGAGAAAGUGGUGCGUUACUUUGAAGACAAACAGAGGUCCCGGGACGCCCUGAUUGAGAAGCUCAGGCUAAAGAACUCCACUCUGAAGGUGCAGAAGAAAAAACUACACCUGCAACUCAAACAGAAAGAAGAGAUGGGAGAGGUUCUACACGAGGUUGACUUCCAGCAGUUGAAGAUUGAGAACAGCCAGUACCUGGAGAAGAUUGACGAACGCAACCAAGACCUGCUGAGACUCAAGCUGAUGUCUGGCAACACUCUACAGGUCCUCAAUUCAUACAAGAAAAAGCUUCACACUCUGACCCUGGAGUCUGAUCGGCUGAAGAGUGAGAUAACAUCCAGGAAUGAACUGCUGACGAGAAUCGAUGCAGAAACGGAAACAGUGGAAGCUGAGCGAGCCAAAGCAGAGGAGUUGAACCGGCGGUUGCGCCAGCAGCUUGGGGACUUCCGGGUGCCGGACGUGGUGGAGUACGUCCAGGAGAAGGCUGACCUGUACGAGCUGGCUAAGACAGUCAAGAGCUGGGAGAGAAAAGUGGACAUCGCAGAGAUGGCUCUCAAAACACACCGCAAGACCUGGAACACCAUGAAGAUGAACAGCCAUCAGAACUGGGCUCUAGAAACAUAAAGAGGUGUGGCAGUUAGGCUCAGACUUUUGGUUCCGUCCGAUGUUUCCUCAGGCAUUUGUGCUUGUUUGACUCAAGAUAAAAAAAAAUCUUUUGAAAGCAAGGAAUGGGUAUCUCACAAGACUUGGUGAUCCUUUGUUCCAUCAGCCCCGCGAAAUUAUUGCUUUUCACAUACUUUGGCUAUUUUUUUCCUUCAGUUUUUGUUCCUAUGCCCAUAAAAUUCAGAUUUUCAAAACUGCUGAACAUGUAUUCUCUUCAUUUUUUAGAAAUAUCUAACUCCAAAUAGCAGUGAUCCAUUCUGCUGUGAUCGGCCAGUUCCAUUGUCAGUUUCCAAUGAUGGAUUUUGAUCUUUUGCAAGUAAAACAGUUUCUAUUUGUGUCUAAUUCAAACACAUUCGUACCUUAUUGAAGAUACUUAUGUCCCGAGCUUUUAAAGGUUCACAUUCAAUUUCCUGGUUUGGGCAAAAAGUGAGUAUAAUGGACAGCUCAGAAUGUGUGAGCACAAGUUAUUUGUAUGUACACCCCAUUUGACAUUACUGAAAAAGAAGCGUAAACGAUGAAACCAACUGCGGAAGUUGGUACAUGUGACAAGAUGAAUACCCGGUAGUCUAAAUUAACUUUCAGAAUUGGUGAUUGAAAGCACGGUGGCCCUAAUAGUUAAGAGAACCUUUU